CAUGAUUCUCAACUGCAGGGUCGUUGGACAUCUGUACUAUUGACUACAAUCACAAGUGUUUAGGGUUUUUCGUGAAAUCCAAACGGGGAAAAUGGCGGUAAUUAGAACAACCGCAAACAUGAUCAUCAAACGACUCCUCCAUCAUCCACCACUAUCUUUCUUUUCUCCUCUGUCGCAGGCCCGUUCGACGUUUCUGUACUUGAGGUCUCAGAACGCCGACCUUGGUUUCAAGUCCACUAACCGCCGCAUCUGCUUCGGUUCGAUUCGUUGCGCCGCGUCCGAUUCCGGCGGAGACAAGAAGGUUUCAUCUCGGCUUUCGCAAGUUCAUCAGCUUCUUCAAGAAGCCGAAGAGCGCGCUAGCUCUGCUGGGAAUGAGCCGCCUCCUAAAAUCACUAUAGACCAUGUCACUGUGAGUUUUGCGAGAAGUGGCGGGCCUGGAGGUCAGAAUGUAAACAAAGUGAACACUAAGGUGGAUAUGCGUUUCAAUGUCCGAGAUGCGUAUUGGCUAAGUGAUAGGAUCAAAGAGAAGAUAAUGCAAACGGAGAAGAAUCGCAUUAACAAGGAUGGUGAACUGGUCAUCUCAUCGACAAAGACUAGAACACAGAAGGGUAAUAUCGAAGAUGCUUUGGAAAAACUACAGGCUAUCAUUGAUGCAGCUUCGUAUGUCCCACCCCCUCCUUCUGAAGAGCAAAAGAAGAAAAUUGCCAAAAUGGCUGCCCUUGGGGAACAGAGACGCUUGAAAAGCAAGAAGGCUCUUUCAGACAAAAAGUCAUUCAGAAGAAGUCGGGACAGUUGGGACUAAUUUCAAAUGUCUGGUUUCCCAGCUUUAGAGCUUUAAGCAUAGCUUAAAUUGGAAAAAUGGUGAUGAGACAUCGUUUUAUGGAGAGUGAACUGCUGGAUAUCGACAGAGGACUUCAUCCAUAUUCUUUGGUAUAGUUACUGAACCUUGGAGUUGGUAUAUGGCCUUGCUGAUUGAAGACUGCCAAAUAUUUGUGGUUUAUUAGCAUACGUGAAUAACGCCAACUUCCUAGGUUUAUGUAUAAAUAUUGUACUAUACUUGAGAAUUUGAGAUUUGAUUAAUGGGUCUUCUGUGAAGAUUUCAUUUUUUGACAUAUUCAAUUCAGGAUCAUUUAGAUUGCACUCUCA